AAAUUUUGCACAUAAUAGUAUUGACCACCGGGCAGCAGUGACAAUUCAACUGUGGGUGCGCUUUUGAUUGGAACGUGUGAUUAAUUAAUCGUGUGUGUGUCUCUAGAUCCUGUGCUGUGCUGUGUGAUAACCGAGGAAACUGUGAAUUGGUGAAAUUGGUAGUGCAAAUCGAUUCGCUCAGAAGAAAGGAUAUCACGCGGAAGAAGGAUUCAAACAAAAAGGAUGAUGGUGCGAGUUGGACUGUUGCUAGCAGCGUUUGUGAUUGGAUUGUGUCAGGCCAGAACACUGCCGAAUCGUAGCAAACAAGUGAAAGCCUACGCGUACGUGCUUCCAGCCGGUGCCGAGGAGAUACGUGAUGACAUUAACCAUUCAUUUGUAUGUGCGAAUCGAACCGACGGAUUCUACGUUGACAUUGAUAAUGACUGUCAGAUUUUUCACCGAUGCCAGGACCGAGCCCGUUUCAGUUUCAUUUGUGCUGAGAAGACCUUAUUCAGCCAAAUGUAUCAAACCUGCGUGCACGAUGGACAACUAGGCUUCCCCUGCGAGGACUCUGCCAUGUUCUAUCCGGACGCGGAGGAAUCUUCCAACGCAGAAACGGAAACCGCCAGCGAAGUAGACAGUGCCAACAAGGAACAACCGGCUGCAGAACCUAGUGCGGCUGCCGCCAUGCCACCAUCAAUGUUCCUGCUUCCUCCAGAAGAGGAAUCUAUGACGGAUGCUGCUUCUGAUGACGAGAAAGUCAUCGGUACCGUGGCCAUGCCUAUCAGUGAUAACUAUGUGAAUAUGUUCGAUCAUCAGCAGGUGAACGACGAUAAGUUUGAUCUCGUGGAAGAAGAUGAAAAGGAAAAUACGGCUCAAGAAGUGCUGGACGAACAGGUUCAAGAUGCUGAGGCUUUGGAAAUUGUACCCCAAGAGGCCAUUGAUAGCACUCAGGAAGUUGAGGUUAAUGAUGAAAGUAACGAAUCCAGCGAAGCAUCUUCAAAUGUAGAUGAAGAGAUUUUGAAUGAAACGGCAGAAUUAUCGUCAGAAGACGAAGAAACCAAUGAAAUUGUUUUGGGAAUUGAAUCCGAUGAUAAUAAUAAUGAGCAUGAAGAACCUGCGACUGUGUUGACUGAAGAAGUUCAACCGGAAUUCCAAUCUCAAUUGCAUAAUGAUGUACAAAAUGUUGAAGAACCGGAGCCGGUGGUUCAGGAUGUGCAGGAAGACAAACAGCAGCAACAGCUGGAAGUCACGGAAGUAGAAGUUCCUCAAUCGGUUGAGCCAAUUAGUAACAAUGAUGUAGUAAUCGAAGAAGAGGAAGAUUCUAAUUCCGUUGAAACUAGCCCAUCAGAUAGCGAAACAGUUAAUGAGCCAAAGCAAGAAGACGAACCAGAAUUGCCACUGAGCAGCGAAGAAACCGCGCCAAAUUCAGAAAACGUUGUCGCCGAAAUUGAAUUGAAUGACGAUAAACAGGAAGAAAGUGACCAAAAGGUAAAUGAACCGCUCAUCGCGGAAAGUCCCGUCGUUUUAGUCGUCGACGGUGACGAUGAGAAAGUAGAUGAUUCAGAGGCAGCACCAGUCGAAGCUUCCAGUGAGCAAGAGCUGGUUCCGGAAGCCGAUGCGCAAUCACCUGCCGAUGACCAAAAUGAGACUGUGAUGAACGAAGUUCACCCAUUGACUGCCACCCUUGCCGAACAGGUUGCGGAAGAAUCACGCCCGAUUGACUUGCCCGAGUUUAUUGUUUCGACUGUGGCCGACCUUAGAAGGGGCGUUGUGCCGCCAGCACUGAGGCGGAGGAAAACCUUCCUAUUCAAGGCGGAUGCCAUUUCCUCGUGAGGCGCUAUGGAUGCAUACAAAGGUGCGCACGUGAGCG